AUGGAGGACGAUACGUCGUCUCCGGCCGUGGGACCUGCUGUCCCGACUACGGAGGGAAGCUUGGCAGAGGCCGCGGGAGCCCCCGUCUCAUCAAACAUCCCGCCACCCGCACCCCGUCAGCCUCUUCCGUCGGAGUUUGAUGUCCAGGGCGCACCAACUCACCCUCCACAGUCAAGCACCGGGCCCAGUCUACCUAUGGCAUAUUGCCUACAAGCCCUGGCUUCACAAGGUGAGGCCGACAGAAGAGCCCUCAUGCAAGAUUUCGAGACUCGCUUUGCUACUCGCCUGCUAUCUCUUGAGACCGCGCUUGCCCAGCGUACCUCCACGGCAGAUGACGUCGUCGCAGACCUGGCUGCACGGGUUUCUGUCAUCGAGGCGCAGUCUAACCGUCAGCAACGCGUGUCUACAUCGGUCGAACAAAACAACAUCGGUCGAGCUCAGUCUAGGUUUUUUGGAGCACACCUUCUACCACCUACCUUUGAUGGUACCACAUCGUGGGCAGCAUUUCUGGUGCAGUUCGAGUCUAUUGCUACCUUAAACGGCUGGACAGUUCAAGACAAAGUCCAGGUGCUCGUUCUGCAACUCCGUGACGCCGCGGCUGAAUACCUCGAGCACAUUCCCCAAGAAGCCCGUCUCCUUUCACUUGGCCCCUUCACCGAGAUGCCAACUCUGCCGGUGAAGCUUGGAGAUCCGCCGCAGCGUGUUGAAGCACUUGUGGACACAGGGGCUGCUUUCAGUUUUCUCACGUCGAGUUUCUUGUUUGGAAGAUUUUCGCUGAACCCUGCACAGGUCGAUCGGCCCCAUCUCGUCCUGGCUGACGGAGCUGCUCUACCUAGCCUAGGCGAAGUCUACUUGAAUGUCGGCUUACUAGCUGGCACCAGUUACUUCUCCUUCUAUCAGUCUGUCAUUCUACUGUGUGCGUCGUGCAUCGCCGAAUGCCUCGUGUCAAGCCUACAGUCUUAUUUCACGGUUCAGAGCCAGCUAAAAGCGCAGCUGUUGCUUCAGACUGCUGUGUUCAAAAAGGUUACGUGCCUGUCGGCCACUGCCCUCGCAGAGAAUCCUGCAGGCCAUGUGACCUCGUUAUUAGCUGCCGACAGCUGGCUCGUCGCAGUGUCGAUUUAUUACCUACCAAAUGCUUUAAUGGGCUUCGUGUGUGUGCCCAUUGCACUGGUUUUGCUUGGUGUGCGCAUGGGAAGUGUAGCGGCGUUCGCCUGUCUCCUGUGGCUCGUUGUCAUCGCGAGCGCCUCGCUCUCUAUGGAACCACUGCUUGACAAGUACUGCAAUAUACUUUACAAGUAUCGAGAUGAACGACUCAAGAAGCUGAACGAUUUUCUGUCUGUGCUCCGUAUGGUGAAGAUGUCAGCUCUAGAAGACGUGUUUCGAAGUAGGCUUCUUCAGCUGCGGCUGAAGGAGAUUGACCAAGCCUACCGCGUCAACGUAGUGGAUAGCCUUCUGGAGACUCUAAUCAGUGCGUCCACCUCUGUGAUGACCAUUCUCGCAUUUGCCACCGUUACGUUCAUGAACCCGGAGAAAAUGUAUAGUCCGGCUACCAUAUACUCUUGCGUGUACAUACUGACGCUUAUGGAUAUUUUCACAUCUACGAUGACUCACGCUGCCAGGCUAAAGAGCCCGGUUUUUCGCAGCUGUCGAAGACUGAUGUCAUUUUUUGCCGAUGAGGAAUGGAAUUCCGAAGCCGCAGAAACCCUUCGAAGUCCCCAAGGUGUCACUGGGCAAGUAACCUUGCGCGACUGCUCCUUUGCCUGGGCAAAGGAAAGCUGCAGUGUGGUUGCCCCGGUUCUUCAAAAUGUCAGUGUCAACGUGAGCAGCGGCUCCAUAGUGGGUAUUGUUGGCUCUGUGGGGAGUGGAAAGUCUUCACUCUUGUCCGCAGUCACAGGAGACAUGAAGCGCAUUGGAGGCACUGUAGCUCUCAAAGGCACGAUUGGUGUUGUAUGCCAAAGGCCACACGUGUUCAACAUGACCAUAAGAGACAACAUAAUAUUUGGUGGCAACGUCGAUGAGUCGUACUACUGGAAAGUACUGGAAGCUUGUCAAAUAAUUCGGGACAUCGAGAGAUUUCCGGCUGGUGACAUGACUGAAGCCGGAGAGAAGGGUGAAAUGCUGAGUGGAGGCCAAAAGCAAAGGGUGGCCUUAGCCCGGGCGCUCUACUCAAAAAGCGACAUUUACCUUCUGGAUGAUGCCACCAGCUCUCAAGAUCCCCGCGUUGCUCGUAAUAUCCUUGACCGUGUCAUUGGGCCGCAUGGUCUGCUCGGAACAAAGACACGUCUCUUCGUAACCAACAACACCUGGCUGCCGUUCAGUCCAGACCAGUGGGUGCUUAUGCAUAACAGGACCGCAGUGCUUUUCGAUGACCUGAGCGAGCUGAAGCAGCAUCCGGGGGCACCGACGGAACUGUUCAAAGAACCGAACGGUAAACGUGUCCGUCAAGUCAGGACAGAAGAAAGAAAGAAAGAGGCGAAAAAGGACUCUGCCAAGCAGGCAGUAGCAGUUGUUAGAGAAGAGGGUCUGUCAACUAACAAGGGACUUCUAAGUAUUUCAAUGGCCUACAUAAAACACUCAGGCGCCUGGACAGUGCUGGCAUUCUUGUGCUUCGUCUUAAGCGCGGCGUUGACUGCCGGGCAACUGAUAUGCAUCAAAGCAUGGGCGACACUCAAGAUUCGCGAAAGCAACAUAAGCCGUUCCAGCCAAGACAUCAUAAUGUGGCUUGCUUUGGCCUGCAUUGGAGAUGUUGUCUUCCGACUGGUCGGAGGGAUCCUGCUCGCUCGUGGCACGCGGCACUUUUCCCUCAGCCUGCACGACAAGAUGAUCCGACACGUGGCCAGCAGCCCGCUGUCGUUCUUCGACGCCACGCCGCGCGGAAGAAUAAUGAACCGCUUUUCCGUGGACCUUGAAAUGAACGACAGCCGCGCAUUCGUCGCAAUAAAGCAGCUUUACCAGACCCUACUUGCAGUCGUAGCACGGCUCGCCAUCAUUGGAACGCAAGCGCUUAUCGUUUGCAUCCUGGCCUGCGGUGCAGAGAUUGUACUUAUCUUCAUAAUACGCUACGUCAUCAACGCGACAACACUCAGCAGGCAGUACGAGAGCACCAGGCUCUCGCGAGUGCUGCAGCACCUGACGGAGACCCUCGACUCUGUGGGAAUGAUUCGCUGCUAUCGAGUGAUGGACAAAUUUUGUGCCCGAUACAGGCGACUCAUGAAUGACUACAUAGAAGCCUUCAACGCCUUCAUUCUCUCGUACUCCUUCACCAGACUCAUAGUGACCGUCUUCGGCGUGCUUGUCAUUUUGCUCGCUAUGGUCAUUGUGGUGGUGCCGAGCAGAGGCGACGUGGAAGCUGCAGCUUCGAACAUGAGCGGCUAUCCUUAG